GAUAUCUGACGCGCAGGCUUUUUGGAGAGAGAACGUGUCGGCCUUCCACACGACACGCGCUUCGUUGCGCGGCGGAAGAGCGCGUGUAUUUGGUGGGGAGAAGAUAAGUGAGAGCUCGAGGGCAUUUGGAUCGGGGAGAGAACGCGAAGAUGUCGACACUGAGCGUUCCGCCGGUUCUCUCUUCCCCUCGCCAAGACGCCAUUGAUCUCUACAAAGCCUUCAAAGGAUUCGGCUGUGACAGUGCAGCAGUUGUAAACAUUCUUGCUCACCGUGAUGCUACACAACGUGCACUUAUUCAACAGGAAUACCGAGCCAUGUAUUCUUCUGAGCUCAUCAAUCGCUUAUCUUCUGAGCUCAGUGGAAACCUCAAGAAAGCAAUGCUCCUAUGGGUUCUUGAUCCACCAGGACGUGACGCAACUGUAUUAAGGCAGGCACUUAGUGGAGAUGUCAUUGACUUGCAAGCAGCCACUGAAGUAAUAUGCUCUCGUACACCAUCAAUGAUACAGAUAAUUAAACAAACAUACUAUGCAAAAUUUGGUGCUUAUCUUGAGCAUGACAUACAUCGUCAAACAUCUGGAGAUCACCAAAAGUUGCUCCUUGCAUACGUCGGUACACCACGUUAUGAAGGCCCUGAGGUUGAUCAUAUAAUGGUGGCUAAUGAUGCAAAAGCCCUCUUUAAAGCUGGUGAGAAGCGAUUAGGAACAGAUGAAAAGAUUUUCAUUCGCAUCUUCAGUGAAAGAAGCGCUGCACAUUUAGCAGCUGUUUCUUCUUCCUACUUUCAUACCUAUGGUAGCUCCCUUGAAAAGGCUGUGAAGAGUGAGACAUCUGGAAAUUUUGAAGUUGCUCUUCUUACAAUCCUCAGAUGUGCUGAGAAUCCUGCCAAGUAUUUUGCCAAGGUGUUGCGCAAGGCAAUGAAAGGCCUAGGAACUAAUGAUACGACACUCAUAAGGAUUGUAGUCUCCAGGACUGAGAUUGAUAUGCAAUAUAUAAAGGCAGAAUACCAUAAGAAAUACAACAAACCAUUGAGGGAUGCAAUCCAUUCAGAGACAUCAGGCCAUUAUCGAACUUUUCUUCUCUCUCUUGUGGGUCCCAACAAUUAGGCGCUCUUUGCUGUCAUCUUGGUCUACCAUCAGCCUGUGUUGAAUCACUUUCCUCCCUUGAUAAGAGAGGUUAUGAGUUUGAUACAUGGUGGGGCGGUGAGUCACUAGGGAAGAAUGGACAGUAGUAUCCUGCACACAUGAUCCUCAUCUUUGUAUAUAUACUGUAAUUGUAAAAUUUGGUGUUCUUACCAGAAUGUCUGGCAUUAUUUUAUGUUUGUGUAUUUGAUCAUGGUGUGUGAAAAUAGGUUCACAUUUUAUUGUUGCUGGUUGCACCAACUGCUAUGGUCUGCUUGUGAUGGUAGAAGUUUGGUUGGUUGUUCAGAAAUGUGCUGAUCUUUGACAUUUGUUAUACCAUUACCAUUAGCACAAAACUUUUAUUUCU